AGGAAUUUGAGCGAAUACUGGGUUACUCCCUAGAAAGAGGAAAUCCUUAUCGAUAUACUGGGCAACCACCGAAGUUGGACACAAUUGCUGAAGUGUUGAAGAUCGACAUAAGAGCGUUGGCAAGUACAAAAGAGGAAAAAGGGGCUAUUCAUGGGUUUUCAAGAAAAUAUCUAGAGCAAAAGUGCCAAGAUUUAGCCGAUAAAAAAGAAUGGAGUACUUUUAUAGAUGUUUUGGCCCUCAUUAUCUACGGUAUUGUUAUAUUUCCAAACCUUGAUAACUUUGUAGAUUUUGCUGCCAUAAAUGUAUUCUUAGCUUUUAACAAACAUAAACAAAACCCAGUUCCUGCGGUUCUUGCUGAUAUAUACUACUCUAUGCAUAUGCGACACGAGAAGAAAGGGGGAACAAUUUUAUGUUGUGUUCCAGUGUUGUAUACUUGGUUUGUGUCUCACAUGUUCAAGAAAGGGUAUCAUGUUGGGGUUAAGAGUAAUCGUGAAUGGGCUCAGAGUAUAACUAGCCUUACUGAGGAUACAAUUUCAUGGUACUAUAGUGAACAAGGGGUGGAAGAGGUAAUAUGCCGAUGCGGAGAUUUUCCGAAUGUACCUCUCAGGGGAACGAAGGGAUGUAUCAAUUACAAUCCAAUGGUAGCUCUAAGACAACUUGGCUACCCCAUGUUGGAUAAACCAGAUGACAAGUCAUUGGAAGCUUUUGUUUUGCACAAUACGGGUAUAGUAGAUCCACCAAUGUUGAGAAGGAUAAGUCGAGCUUGGGAAUCAAUCAUUAGAAAAGGAAAGGUACUCGGAUGUAGAGGUUGCAGCACAAAGGAACCUUAUCAACAAUGGGUAAAGAAAAGAGUCCAAGAAAUUAAGUUGCCUUUCCACAGUGCACCCUCAAAUGAUCAGGAAAUGCCCGAACCUAUUCUUGUUGCCAAUGAAGAGAUAGAAGAGCUCAAAGCAUCAUUGCUCAAAUCUGAAGAGGAAAAAAAAGAGCUACAAGCGAGGUUAGAAAAAGUCUCCCAAGAGAACGACAACUUAAGAUCAGAAAACACUUGUAAGAAAAUGGAAGCUUCUAGUGAGUUGAGGAAUUACAUUGAUUAUCAACAAAAGAUCUACAAUGACUUGAAGGAUGAAACCAUAUACUGGGAGGAGCGUUUCAUGGUGUUGCUUGAGCAAUUGAAGAACCAAGAGAUUUAUAAAGAGUUGGAAGAUAAAGGCAAGCACUGGAAAGAUUGCUUUUCGAAAUUGGCAAUGCUAGCUAACUAG